CUACCUCAUCAUCUAAACAUGAUAUCAACACUACCACAUCAUUUAAAUAUGAUAUCAACACUAUGUUAUCAUCUAAACACGAUAUCAAGACCACCUCAUCAUCUAAACAUGAUAUCACCACUACCACAUCAUCAAAACAUAAUACCAACACUACCUCAUUAUCUAAACAUGGUAUCAACACUACCACAUCAUUUAAAUAUGAUAUCAACAUUACCUCAUCAUCUAAACUUGAUACCAACACUACCUCAUCAUCUAAACAUGAUAUCAACACUACCACAUCAUUUAAAUAUGGUAUCAACACUACCUCAUCAUCUAAACAUGAUAUCAACACAACGUUAUCAUCUAAACUUGAUACCAACACUACCUCAUCAUCUAAACAUGAUAUCAACACUACCACAUCAUUUAAAUAUGAUAUCAACACUACCUCAUCAUCAAAACAUGAUACCAACACAAUGUUAUCAUCUUAACAUGAUAUCAACACUAUGUUAUCAUCUUAACAUUAUAUCAACACUACCCCAUCAUGAUCAUGAUAUAAACAUCUAA